UACAAAACCAGAGAGUUGUAUUUUUCACAAUUAAUAAUUUCUGAUUCAUGAUUCAUUAGACUUUUUUGUUCGUUUCUAGAGUUUUAUAAUGUUCCCUUGACGGCUUUUGCCUCUUUAUUUUUAGUUUUCUGUCUUAUUAAUCACCGAAUGCACGCAAGCAGAUCCAGCAGGUGCUAUGUUAUGGUGUCUGGUAGAUUUCUAGUGUCUAGCUGUUCUUGAUUUAGUCAGCAUGCUCAGUGGCUCACAUGUCAGUAAGAAAUCCCUGAAAUGAGCUCGUUCAGUAUUAAUCAGCUUAUUUCGGAUGAUGAUUCUUCAGCACCGGCGGAAAACGCGAAUAAUGGCAGUGAAAAUGUUCAGCGACGACCCUGCAUUGAGGACGAUGACGAAGACGAGAAGGAAAACACGAAUGUGGACGCCGUCCACACGGCACAGAUGAACGAGCUCAACGAACUGCACAUCGAAUCCGAUGUCGUGGUCAGCAAAGUUAUCAACAACGGCGUUGCGGAAGAUUUUCAGUCCGACGAUGCUUCCGCUGAUGUUGUGCUGGAUCAGCUUGAUACGGAGACGGAACGAAAUCGGAAGAAAGUCGAUGAUGGCAUACGUAACGACGAAGUCAACCGAGAAAGGAUGGCUGAAAAUUCUCGGCCAUGGGAUGGAAAUUGCGCAAAUGAGGGGGAAGAAAUGGAAGUAGAUGCCGAAAUGGAGAUAGAUCAUCGCGUAUUGGAAGGCCUGGAUGAUCCGCCGGAUGUUGAGAUGAAUGAUGAGAUGCAUAUAAGCUCGGACGAUGAGGCUCCUGAAAUUCCUUCCUCGGAUUUUCCGGAGUCUGAUUCCGACAGUGAAAUGCCAUUGACGGUAGAAGCACGGGAAGAACGGUUACUGGAACGCUAUAUUCAUGCUCUCGGUGUUUUGCGCACGAUCCCUUUGGCGGUCCACAAUAGCGCUGAAUUAUCGAGGAAAGUCGAUAAGCUGAAGGAAAGAUUUGCCCUGAUCCUGCAACAAAUUCCGGAUGGUGAAGUGGAUAGCGAGGAUACCACCAUUAUGGAUAAUCGCAUGAAGGCGUUGAGAUUUGCAAUACUAAAAAAUAUUUCCAGCUUGUUUCAGCGCCAAUUAAAUUACGACAAGGCCUUGGAAUUUCUCAUGGCGGCGGCAGAAUUAGACCGCACCGACGUGGUCAUGCUGUACGAUAUGGGACGGUUAGCGGUGAAGAUGGAUAACUUUCCGAUGGCUGCCAAUUUCUUUCAGGAGGCGUUGACGGUGAGAAACAAUCACUGGCCGUCGCUGGACGCCCUGAUUACGCUGAUGUAUGCUUUAAAUUUUCUGCCUGUUUGUUUGGAAUAUUGUCAUACGGCAUUACGUUUGGAGCCAGCGAAUAAACGGGCUUUAGCUUAUGUGCACCGGAUUUUUGAGGAGCAUGAUUAUUUUAAGGAGGAAUGGAGGGACAGAUUUAGAAGGGUUUCGGAUUUUGUGGGAAAGCCUUUAAAAUUUGACAGUCAGAAAUUUUUGAGUGAAGCGGAUGACAUCAAAAAGCGGUGGUAUAGACCUGGAUUGGUCGGGGACAGUGCUGCCUCAUUGGAGCUCCAAAGAGUGGAAUUUCCAAAAUUAACGAACUGGACAUUUUUGGGCUAUAUUGAAGCUGUAAUCGCGUUCUACGCCCAUCUAAACUCCAAUAGGCUGUGGAAUAGCGUUAUCGUUGUUUCGGAAGACCGUUUAGUACCGGAAGGCAUUUAUCCAAUGGCAGGAGACGAAGAAACGAAUAAUUCCACCGCAGAAAUGAUCGUGGUUUGUGAGGAAACCGCGACGGUAGACACCGGUGCACGUUCUAUUCAACGCUCAAAACAUCGCAAAGUCGAUCCUGUAUUUUUUGAAUUUGCGGAUAAACGACGGUCUCCGAGGACAAAAUCGCAUACGAGAAAUGAUGAGGCUUACAUUCGUCAUUUCGUCAAUAAACACCUUUUACUAGUAUUUGGCGAUGAGCUGGCUGAUAAAAUCGUCGGUAAUGGGAGUGAAUCUUCAUCUGGUAUUGUGUCACCGAACAAAAUCCCAUCGCGAGUAAAGCUGCUCUUUGCCAGUUCUGCCGCUGAAGUGGAAACUGUGAUUGGUUUAUUACAAAGCGCCAAAGAUAAGUUUAUCAACGGAGUCAUUCGCAGUUGCCUUCAAUUCCUCGCGAACAAUGUGGAAUGCAAAUGGCCGGAUUCGCUUGUUAGUACGUAUGUCGACCUGUAUUAUGUCAUUGCCAGCGACGAGUUUUUUCCUUCCUUUGCGAAAUAUACCCCGGUAAUGGAAUCACGUACAAGACAUGCCGUUCUGUUUGCUUUGUGUGCCUUGGAAAUAAUGGUGGACCACUGGAUGAAUUUUGGGAUUAUUGGGGAAUUGCCGCGCAACUUUGAGAAAGAUUUGGCUUACGUUACGGUUUGGCCUUUCUCAAAUGAACUUUCCGCUGAGGAGGACCAGACGAUGCACUUGCGAAUAUUAUUUCUGCUGUUUAAAUGGCAUGCACUGCGAAAUGAACUGGAGGAUAUGAAGGUUUAUCUGGAAGAACUUAACAAGCGUCUCGACGAGACGACAGAAAUUGUCCUGCCAAACUUGAAGAAUCAGAAUACACUCAGUAAAGGUAUCGUUGCGCGUUUAUUGACUGGUAACGAAACUGGGGAUCGUCUUUCGGAAAUGGAAAAGCUUUUCGUGAAGAAAACUACGAAGAUGUGGUUAAAAUUGCUGCCGAUUUGGUGGAGAACCGCAAUGAACACGAUCGAUCAGCCGAUGUUGAAAAAAAUGGACCUGUACUUGAAUUUUGCUGCAUUUUUCAUCCAGAAUCUUUUGGAUCAGAUUAUACCACCUGUGGACGAGAAGGAACUGGAAAAGCGAAAGCUUUUAAAGCAAACUCUGUUGGAAAUUUGCGAUGAUAUAGCAAAGAUGGACAAGGAUCCGAAGUCCUCACUGCAGUUCACAUCUUUACCGCGAGAUUUGUUGUCCGCAUGGGCCAAAUCGAUGAUGGAACUGUGCAUAAUAUUGGUACAUACGGCUGAUGGAAACACUCGGCGUCCGACCACCUUGUCGCCUUUUUGCGUUCUUUAUAAAAUAUUGCUUGCUGGUGAGAUAAAGCUAUCCGGCUCACCUGGCGAUGCGUCCGUUCAUUUUCUGGAAGAGCUGCACGAAUACCUUGGAGGGCAUAAUUGGUGUACGGUGGGGAAUGGUCAGUUGCUCCAUGUGGCUGUGGAGCGGCUUUGCAAGGAAUUUGCUAAGCGCCGUAAUGAAGAAACCGAGGAUCAUGCCAUCCCCACGGCCGAUAUUGAAUAUGAUUUGGAUCAGUGCUUCUCUUGUCUGUAUGGCUUGACUAAGAACACGGAUCGCUAUGUACAGUUUCACAACGCCAACAAAGUGGACCUUACGCUUGCCCACGCGGUUUCUUUGUACCAGUUUUAUGAGCCGGUGGAACUUCCUGAACAUGACGGUUUUCGCAGUGACUGCAUUUCCCAGGAGACGGUGAAUGCACUGACCAAGAUCCGACCGCUGAUUGCUACUAUACCGUACUCAGUAUCUCGGGAAGAAUUACAGGAUUUUAUCCAUGAAUUCGAUUCCAUCAGUGAACAACCCGACGUACCAAGCGGGAAAUCCUCCUUUGACGGCUCAACAUCGGAAGCGAUUAUUUGCAAAAAUCUUUUCUAUCUGUUAGCGGAUUUUUACCAUAAGAGCGGAGAAAAUACACGCGCACUGAGGCUUUAUCUUUCGGAUUUGUGUGUCAAUCCGGAUCGUUUUGAUUCAUGGGCGGGCUUGGCGCUCAAUAAAGCCGCCGAGGUGGACAAAAAGCUUCGCUCGUUUGAACUAAAACCGGAUCCUAAAAUUUUUGAAGAAGCCAUGGAAGCAGUUGCAUGUUUUGGGAUCGCUUUGAAAAUGAAACGCAGUUCAGAGCACUUAUGGAUUGAAUGCUUGAACGUGGUAUAUCCACUGCACACAUACCUCAGUCGGCAGCUCGUACAGAGUGCUCAGUUCCGCUUGAAACCAGAAAUAAAAAAGGAAUUAAGACUCCAUCGCCAUAGUCUCCUGAAUCUGGCUCAAAAAGUCUGUUUGAAUGCUGAAGAUUGCGAAGAACGGCAUGAGGGCUGGCUGAGCCAGUAUAUGUUGGGCAAAACGUAUGAAAAACUGGAAAAGAACAAACCAUGGAAAUAUUUGUCACAAUAUGUAGCAGCCGGUCGUUGUCUUCAUUUGGACAAAGCUUCUUAUCCUGCCAAAAUUGCCUAUUAUAAAGCUCCGCGUUUGUCUGUGGAAGCACUGGAAAUGUAUUACCGCGUGAUCGCAUCAUCACUGAAAUAUAUGUCCAGUCGAAAUCGUGCCAGUCAUGUCACGGCGGAAGGACUGCAGGCGGUAGAGUUUUAUCUGACGGUGAUUUCCAAGAGUUCACUGGCUGCUAGUAAAGAAAUGGGAAGAAGGGAAGCCGACCGAGAAACGGAAGAGGAAAUGUUUGUGAUAAAGCGAUCCGUAAAUGCGUCCAUACUGGAGCGACUGCAAUGGACGGAUAUUGAGAUCAAGGAAGACUUGGAAAAAUGGAAACUCGAACUAAUCCAGAAAUGUGUCGCGGGAUUACAUUUAUGUUUGACGCGAUACCCGGAGCAUUACAAGUCCCUUUACCGCCUGGCCAGAUUGUAUUAUGAUUAUCCACCUUUAAAGGAUUUGUCGAAAACCAAAGAUCUGUUGAUGGGUUCAGCGAUCUCCUGGCAAGAUUGUCCACAUUUGCCUUCGGCCGGAUUGUUUCAAAACCGUAAACCAAAUGCCUUUUUCCGUGGUGUUUGGCAUAUAAAAUCUGAGGAGAUCCAGAGGCCAUUGAGCUUUCCUUCGCAUAUGUACCGCUCGGUUUUGCUAAUGAUCGACGUGCUAACAGAACUUCGCGAAAAUCUCCAGUUAUUGCAGAUUUUUCAACAGUUAGCCAAGCCGCCAGAUGCACUUAACAAGCGGUAUUUACGUAUCGAUGAUUACCAUUAUUUGUCGGAAUAUGCGCUGAAAUCUUCGCUGCAUUCGGUCAUGAACCGCAUUGAUGAUUAUGAAACGGAAUCAUGCUCGGAAGAUGUGAAAAUUACUUUCCUCAAAGAGGUUUUGAAAGUUUGGCAAGCCGCCCGUAAAGAGAACCUUAAAGCCAGUCACGUAAAUCUGGCCAAUUCCAUGUUGUCCCACGCCUAUCUGCGUAUAAUUGAGGGAGUGCACAAGACUCAUUGCCCGGUUGUUCCUCCGCAAGAUUUAGUAGAGAAAUCCGCUAAAUUCAUCCAACAAGUGCAGUUUCGUGCUCCUAAACCCCCGCAAAGACCGGUCGUUACUAUUAAUUUAUCUACCGGAUUACCGGAAGAACCAGAAACGGAAAAGAAUCCAGUGGGAGAACCCGUACAUGCUUCGUCUUCGAAACUUGACCAGAUGGAACCCGAAACAGAACCCAGUGGUUCAACAGUUAACCCGGCAGAAAACGAGAUAACGGCGCUGGAAUUGGAGCGCAUGGAAGACAACUUGGAAGAUGACGCCGAUUUAAUGGCGGCUAUUGAUUUUGGUCUGACUCCCGGUAACCUGAACACCAUUAAUCUGGCGGCAAUAGAUAUGGAUGCUCUUGAUCGGGAUACCGAGAUGUUGGACGGACAGGGUUGAUCUCAAAGGUUUUUUUACUCAUUGUAAAUCUCAGUUUAUUUUUUGCAUUUGUGUAUACUUGCUUGUUGUAUGGUUUGAAUUUUUUUGAUUGGUUUUAAAAUGGUUUGCUUUUCGUUGUAUUAUACAGAAUUACGUACGUGGAUGACGUUUGUAUUGUCCUUUUCGUUUAUAUUUCGUUGAAAUAAGGAGUGGUAGUAUUGGGUUGUGCUCACGCUCGGCUAGCUUGUUUUAGCUGGCUAAAUUGUCAAUAAACAGUGAA